UUCCACUCUAGUCGGUAAGUUUAUUUUAAAAUGGCGGCUGAAGCACCAAGACAGCUACGCUGAGAGCGGAGGUGAGGGUGGGUUGCAGCAGCGCAUCAUCAUCAUGGACCACCGGAGGAGCCAACAGCAACCAGCCGCGUCGACAGCCCAUCUGUAGCAUCAACAUGGCACAUUCCACGGAGGGGACCAAAGACCGGAGAGGAAGCGAAAGUGGUGUGGCUGGAGGUACCUUAAUGGAGAACGGCACGGUCAGCUCCGACAACCAUAACCACAGCAAGCCCCCCCUCAUCCAGCACUCCCUGCACUAUGGCAACCCCCAGCAGGGAUCCGAUGAGCAGGACCUGGACCAACACAGCCUAGCCUCCCAGGACUCUGGCAUCCCUACCCUGGAGAUCAACCACCCCGAGCACAUCCACACUCAAGCAGGAGACUGUGGUCUUACCCUGGGUUCCAACCACAACGACCAGGGCCCUGCUACCCUCUCUCUAGACCAGUCUGGAGACAGCGUUGGCCUUCGCAAGUCCUCCACCUUCCCCCGCAGUGGCUACGACUCGGUGCGCCUCUUCAGCCCCGCCCCAAGGUCCGGCGCUGGCGGCGUGGGAGUCGUCACCACGGGGAUGGGCGGCGUAGGAGGGGGAAACCUUAACCGCAGUGACGACAUUUCGGUGUGCAGCGUGUCGAGCUUGAGCACGGAGCUCUCGGCCACGCUGUCGGCUUCCAACGAGGACAUCCCGGACUUCAUGGUCACCUCCGACUCCAGCGCCAUCGUCACCCUGGAGACGGACGAGGGCGACGCCGCCCAAUUCUCGGACGUCACUCUGUCGUCGUCGCCGGGCGGUGACAUCGGAGGGGAUCUGUGGAGCCCACGACGGGGACAGCUGGGGUCAGAGGAGGGCAGGCCCAAGAGGCUGGGGCCACUGGCUAGCUUCUUCAACAGGAGUCUGUUUUCUAAGAAAGUGAAGGACACUGUGCCAGUGGAGCAGAAGGACACAGGCUGGAAGCUGUUUGGUAGGGUCCCCCCUAGAGAUGGCUCGGUGAAGGAGCCCCAGAAAAAACACAAGACAGCCUGUGUUUUCUUUCACCUUGCUAGAGGCACCUGCAAUGUCGCUGCAGAGGUGCCAAAUUUCUGCUCCCCUCCUCCCCUUCUUAAUCUGCCAGCCAAGCCUGCGGAGGAGGCCCAGAAACACAGACAACAGUAUGAGGAGAUGGUGGCCCAGGCCAAGAAGAGAGAGCUCAAGGAGGCCCAGAAGAGGAGGAAGCAACUGGAGGACAGGUGCAAGCUGGAGGAGAGCAUCGGCAACGCCGCCCAGACCUGGAACCAGGAGAUUCUGCCCAACUGGAGCACCAUGUGUAACUCUCGGCGGGUCAGGGAUCUCUGGUGGCAGGGUGUGCCCCCUAGCGUCAGGGGCAAGGUCUGGAGCCUGGCGGUGGGCAAUGAGCUCAACAUCACUCACGAGCUGUACAACAUCUGUCUGGCCAGGGCCAGGGACAAGUGGAAGUCUAUGCCUACAGAACCAGUGACUGAAGAUGCAGGUUCAUCUCUGGCGGACAGAGAGGCCAGUCUGGAGCUGAUCAAGCUGGACAUCUCCAGAACCUUUCCCCAUCUCUGCAUCUUCCAACAG